AUGGCUGAGAGCAGGGGCGUCAGGCCCGGUCCUGAACCGGCGGACCGGGUGGCGAUUGGCAUCACCUUUGGCAACUCGAACAGCUCGAUUGCCUAUACCGUCGACGACAAGGCCGAGGUCAUUGCCAACGAGGAUGGAGACCGACAAAUCCCGACCGUCCUGUCCUACGUGGACGGAGACGAAUACUAUGGCCACCAGGCCAAGGCAUUCCUAGUCCGUAACCCGACCAACACAAUUGCCUACUUCCGCGAUUUCCUGGGCAAAGAAUUCAAAGCCAUUGACCCGACUCACUGCCAUGCCGCCGCCCAUCCCCAAGACUCGGCCGGCGCCGUCUCCUUCUCCGUCAAGGACAAGAGCAACGAAGGAGAGGCAUCCCCCGUGUCUGUCAGCGACGCCUCCACGCGUUACCUGUGCCGCCUCGUCAACUCGGCCUCCGAGUACCUGGGCAAGAAGGUCACCUCUGCCGUCAUCACAGUCCCGACCGACUUCAACAACAAGCAGCGCGAGGCCCUGAUUAAGGCUGCCAACGAUGCCGACGUUGAGGUCUUGCAGCUCAUCUCCGACCCCGUUGCCGCGGUCUUGGCCUACGACGCCCGUCCCGAGGCCUUGGUCGAGGACAAGAUUGUCGUCGUCGCUGACCUGGGCGGAACCCGCUCCGAUGUGGCCGUUGUUGCCUCCAGGGGUGGCAUGUAUACCAUCCUAGCCACUGUGCACGACUACGAGUUCGCCGGCGUGCAUCUCGACGGGGCCCUGAUGGACCACUUUGCUAAGGAGUUCAUCAAGAAGCACAGCACGGAUCCCCGAUCAAACCCCAAGAGCCUGGCCAAGCUCCGACAAGAAGCCGAGUCCGCCAAGAAGGCCCUGAGUCUGGGCACCAAUGCUCAGUUCAGUGUCGAGAGCUUGGCUGACGGCUACGAUUUCUCCUCGACCAUCAACAGGAUACGAUACGAGAUGAUUGGCCGCAAGAUCUUUGAGGGUUUCAACCGCCUGGUCGAGGGCGCCGUCAAAAAGGCUGAGCUCGACAUCCUGGAUGUCGACGAGGUCAUCAUGUGCGGUGGCACCUCCCACACCCCUCGCGUCGCGAGCAACUUCCGCGCCAUCUUCCCCCAGUCGACGCCGAUCCUUGCGCCCGCGACGAGCACGACUGCCAUUAACCCCUCGGAGCUGCAGGCCCGCGGCGCCGCGCUGCAGGCUUCGCUGAUCCAGGAGUACGAGGCCUCGGACAUUGAGCAGUCGACGCAUCCCGCCGUGACCACGGUCAACCACAUUUCCAACGCCAUCGGCGUCGUCGCCGUCGGCCCGGAUGGCGAGGACGUCUUCAAGCCCGUCAUGCAAGCCGAGACGGCCGUUCCGGCUCGUCGCAUCGUCCACCUCGCCUGCCCCAAGGAGGGCGGCGACUUUCUCAUCAAGGUGGUCGAGGGCGGCACCCACAUCAAGGUGACCAAGCCGGAGCCCAAGGCCAAGGAAUCGAGCGCGAACGGCAAGGACGACGACUCCGACUUUGACGACUCGGAGGAGGAGGAGGAGGAGAAGCGCGAAAAGGUGUGGAAGAUCGGCAAGCAGCUCGCCGAGGCCGCCGUCAAGGGCGUCAAGAAGGGCGGCAAGGUCGAGGUGACGAUCAACGUGGCGGGCGACCUGGCCGUGACGAUUACGGCGCGCGAAGUCGGCGGCAAGGGCGGCGUGCGAGGAAACCUGGCCGCUCCCUGA